AUGCCAGCUAAAGCACCCACAUCAAUUGGAAAUACUGAGUAUCCACAGAAUAUCAAAAUUCCAGCCAACUUUACUAUUCCGGCUGGAAAUGUUUUUAAAUUUCAGUUAUCUCUUGCCGGAUUUGUCUGGUACAUAUGUGAUACUAGUAGUAGUGAUAAAUGGAUUGAGGACCAAUUUCGCUCAGUAUAUUUUAACAGCAAAGAUGAUAUCUCCGGUUUCCCUGUUUCACCUGCGGCUGUAUUAGAUGUAAGAAAUGAUCAAUAUCACGUUCUAUCAGCUAUUCCAGAACAUGAUACUUCAUCAAUGAUCGUAACUGUUAUUAACGACGCACCAUCGUCUGAUCCAACGAAAAAUUAUCCGUCCGAGCUUGUUUCUGUUAUAAGUACCGCAGGAGUUGGAGCAUUUUCAAAUAUCACCUAUCUCAUUCUUACAGCUACCGAUGGCGGAGUACCACCACCGAAGUCAGAUUGUAAGUAA